ACCGGAAGCGAAAGCGGGACUGGCGGAAGUGGUAGAAAACUCAGGGCUGUAGCUCCCGGAAGUAGAUUUGAUUCAGGGCGGGAUGUCAGCUGAUCGGGAGAGAGAGAUGUUCCAGUCCGGGGACCCUGAGGGGGAGAGCGGGGAAGAGAGUGAGGGCCCCGCCCCGGGCCGGAUUGGUGAGAUGUCGGAUGAAAAUUGUUUAUUGAAGAAACUUGAAAUCAGUGUUUCUGAAGCGGAAAAACGGAGCGGGAAGAACGCGGUGAGCAUGCAGGAGACCUACACGGCGUAUCUGAUUGAGACCCGGGCACUGGACGGCCAAUCAGAGCUGCAGAAUUCCCCCCUUGAUUCGCUAUGGAGGCGCUACAGCGAGUUUGAGCUGCUGCGGAACUACCUGUGCGUCAGUUACCCCUACGUGGUGGUGCCGCCGUUACCAGAGAAACGGGCUGAAUUUGUGUGGCACAAACUGUCGGCUGAUAACAUGGACCCGGACUUUGUGGAGCGGAGGAGGAUCGGACUGGAGAACUUCCUUCUGCGAGUUGCUUCCCAUCCUGCCCUGAGUCACGAUGACGUUUUCCAUGCUUUCCUUAAUCAGGAAUCGGGCUGGAAGGAGCUGCUGAAUGAGGCCGGGCUGCAGCUUAAGGCCGACUCCAGGCUCAAGUCGCUAAACGCCACGUUUCGAGUUAAAAACCCAGACAAGAGAUUUACAGAGCUGAAACAUUACAGCGACGAGUUGCAGUCGGUCAUCUCUCACCUCCUGCGGGUCAGAGCCAGAGUGGCUGACCGGCUGUACGGAGUGUACAAGGUCCAUGGGAACUAUGGGCGAGUGUUCAGCGAAUGGAGUGCAAUCGAGAGGGAGAUGGGGGACGGGCUGCAGAGCGCUGGUGCAGAGUACGCAAGCCUCUAUUCGAUGAUGAUACUGGUAGAGGAGGAACAUUACAGCGGGAUCAAGCCUGAACAGCAAUAUUUGUUCUACGCUGAGGCUCUGCGGGCUGUGUGCAGGAAACAUGAACUCAUGCAGUACGAUCUGGAAAUGUCUGCCCUCGAUCUCCAGUCAAAGAAACAGCAGUGCGAGGAGCUAGCGACGGGGACUGUCAGAACCUUCUCACUAAAGGGCAUGACCAGCAAGCUCUUCGGCCAAGAGACCCCCGAGCAGAGAGAGGCCAAGAUGAAGCUUUUAGAGGAGCAGAUAGAAGAAGGGGAGGAGCAGCUAAAGAGCCACAAUGUGGAGAGCAGAGAGUUUGUGAGAGAUGCCUGGCAGGAGGUGGAGCGAUUUAAGGAGCAGAAGAACCGGGACUUAAAGGAGGCGCUAAUCAGUUACGCCGUCAUGCAGAUCAGCAUGUGCAAGAAGGGGAUCCAGGUGUGGAGCAAUGCCAAGGAGUGUUUCAGUAAGAUGUAACGCCGGAGCAGGUGCCCCCCGAGUUGCGCUGGGAGGGGUAACACAGAGGGGCAUCGUGCAUGUAUCUGCAGCUCUAUGUGGGGGGGCUGGGUGCAGAAGUGCCCCCCGGUUGUUAUGGAGACGGUGCAGGCUUGUUUGUGCCUCUCUGGCUUAUUUACAAGCGGUUUAUGACGUGACUCUCCCAAAGAGCAGGAACCUGGGCCCCCCCAGCGGCACCUUCUGCGUGACUGGCAGCACCGGGUUGUGCCCCCCUGUAUGGGCAGCCGGAUUCACCCCCCCAGUGCCCAAACCUCUCUUCCCCAUGUACAUAAAUAGGGACCAUGGAAAUGUUCCGCCGACGGGAUCCCCCCAAGCCUUUAUCUCUGCCCUCCUGCUCUUUAUUAUUAGCGGAAUUCUUUCCUUAACCCAAUCAGAAGGUUGGCAUCAGACUGGCAUGGAGAGCGUUGUGCCAAGUUGCACAGAGCAUUAUGUUUGUAUCCAGUAACAAAGCAAAGUGCACUCCCCCG